AUGCAUGAAGUUGAAGUGUUUCAAGCAUUGUACAAUUUGCAUUUGGUUGUACUUGAUAAUACAAGUAACACCAAAUUACAUUUGGCUGAUCAUACCGCAUUCCAGUUACUCCACCAACCUUGCGUUGAGUUAACUGGGAAGGUCACAACUGAGGUAUCAU